CACUGCUCUUGUGCAUUUUAGAUAUGAGUUUGAGAUAGAUGAUUGGAGAUGCCCAUCUACACCAAAACAGACCUCCACGAUCGCCAGAAGCAUCAUUCCAUCCAUUAUCAAUGUCUGAGUGGUCUCAGCUCCCCGGAGAACUUAUUGACCUAAUCGCCAGCCACCUCGAUUCCGAAAUCGAUUUCCUCCGCUUCCGCUCCGUCUGCUCGUCCUGGCGAUCCUCCGUCCCGGAGAAACCCAACAACUCUUACCCCUCCCGCUUUCCCGUCAUCCCAAAUGACGGAAUCUCCGAUACCAGCUGGGGCUUUAAGCUCUCCAGGCGCCCCGUUUACAUGAUCCGAUCUCCCGGACCUGAUGAUCCGACACCCUCACCAUCCAAUGCCUGGAUCGUUAAGCUCGAUUUUGAGUUUCCUGGCCGAUCGCGAUUGCUUAAUCCUCUCUCCGGAUCACAUUUGAAGCUGCUCCCUUCGAAUUUCCCCAAACGCCUCGAUGUUUCGCAAUACCACAUUCGCGAAUUGGGCCAAGAGUUCGCUCUUCACUACAUAAACUACAGGCCUUUGGCGACUUCAGCCGGCGAGGCUGCCAAUCUUUAUAGGGAGAAGGUCGCCUUGUGUCCGGAUGAACACAUGUUAGGGUUUGUGCUAUUAACCAUUCAUGUUUCUGGGAAAUUGGUUAUUUAUAGAUCUGGUGGUUCCAAAUGGACUGUAAUCAACGACCUGAAUUUACCUUAUGAUGAUGUGAUCACCAAGGGCGGACGCUUUUAUGCUGUUGAUAAUAUCGGAAGAACCGUGAUUCUUAACCUGUAUUCCAGCACGGACGUGAGUUUGAGUGUCGUUGCGCAGCCAGUUUUUGGUGGAGACAAGAAGUUCCUGGUGGAAUCAUGUGGAGACUUGCUAAUGGUUGAUAAGUACUUGACUGCCGGGCCUGAGGAUGAUCUAGGAUACAGUGAAGGUUUUGAGUUUUAUGAGGAUUUUGAUUGUUUCAUGAGCGAGAGAACCGUGAAGUUUAAGGUUUAUAAAUUGGACGAAGCAGGAGGGAAAUGGGUUGAGGUUUCCACUUUGAAGGACAGGAUACUCUUCUUGGGUGAAAAUUGUGCAUUUUCUGCUACUGUCUCGGAGCUCAAUUCUGAGUGCAAAGGGAACUGUAUAGUGUUUGCAGAUCUCUUAUUCUACAUGAGGGAAGAAGAUGAAGAAGAUGACGGUGUCUUAAAAUUACAUGGUAUAGCUGUCUAUGACUUGGACACAGGCAGCAUUGGUCCUAUAAGUAGUUAUGCUCGCUAUUCUGAGCUAUUUUGGCCACCUCCUCCUUGGAUCUCUUCUACUUCACAGAUCCAAGACGGGAUGGGCCAACUGCGUAUUUGAGCUUCUUACGUCAUAAUAAGAUGUGGAGAGAUGAACUGACAAUGCUGAUGCCCCGGAUGGUCUUGACGCCGUUUGACUCUCCGGUCUUCUUCUGUUUUAGCUUCUUAAUUGCAUACAUUAAUCUUCAUUUAACUAUGGGAUAAUGCAUCUUUUGGUGUUGGAAAAAAUAGUUAAUAAAGUUCAUUAGACUUU